UCCUCAUCCGCCAGUCGACAUAUAGAUCCUCGCAGAAUUGCUAGUCCGCUCAUUUUGUGUCGUGUUUAGCGCCACAAAACAAGUGACAUUAUGCGGUAUUUAAAACAAUCGACGCGUGUAUACAAAUAAUCCUUUAUUCGUUUAGGUUUGUUCGUUUUAACCGAGAUUGGACAUCGCUGAUGUUUCAACCGUUCCCCCCCCCCCUCCGCUUUAAGGCUGUUGCUGCGGAGUGAUACCGACUUCGCUUUUGGAACCCGACAAUGUGGAGGCUGUUAAAAUGUCUACUUGGAAAAUGAAAUGGUUACGUUUUCUCUAACAAUAAGGGACGCUGAGCAGUUUAAAGAGUUAUGGUUCGUGUCAGAAACGCGUGUUCAGUUUCGUGACGAAGACGACAACCAGAAACGAAGCGACGGGAGGUUCAAUAUUGUGUCUUUUUCCUCGUUUUUUUCAUCGAAGCAGCCUCCUCACUCCUCACAGUCCGGCGGACCACCACCACCACCACGGGGGGAAGGAUCCGAUCCCUAACUUUGUUUUUCUCUCCACUGCGGCCGUCCAUUUCUCCCUGUUGGAUGCCAUAUAACUGAGUCCAGUCGCUUGCUGAGACUGAAAAAGGGCCAAGUGAACGGCGGCAGAGAAUGGCUGCAGUGGAAACAGACAAGGAGCUCAACGACUUGCUGGAUUUUAGCGCGAUGUUUGAGCCUCCAGUUUCAAACGGCAAGAACCGGCCGACUACUCUCGCCAGCAGUCAGUUCGGAGGUUCAGGUAUAGAUGAGAGGAGUGGGUCCGGUCCCUGGGGGCCAGGAGAACAGAACAGUCCAUCUUUCAACCAAGGAAGGGGUUAUGGAGAACAAGGCCUUUACAGUCAGCAAGAGGGCAUGGCCUCUGCCCCCAUGUAUGGAUCAGGGAUUGUUGGGAAGGCUGACCGAGGACCAUACUCGUCAUUUGCGGCACAGCCGGGCUUCAUGCCCAGUGAGAUGCCCAUGCCCAGUCCCGAUGCCCUCUCCCCGUCUGGCCUGAAGACCAACUCCCAGUUUUAUUCCUCCUACGAGGGAGGCAACGCUCGCAGGAGACCCUCACAGGAGCCCAUUGGACCACAGCCAAAAAAGAUCAGGAAGGUGCCCCCUGGCCUGCCCUCCUCGGUUUAUGCAUCAGCCUCAGGAGAUGAUUUUAACAGGGACAAUGCUGGCUACCCGGCGCCCAAGGCAGGAAACGUCUACCCACCACCAUUCUACAUGCAAGAAGGCCUCCACCCGCCCUCUGAUCCAUGGGGCUCUGCCAGGUCGAUGGUUCAGCCUGGUUAUACUGCCAUGCUGGGCAACUCCCCCCAUCUGAGCCAGCAUGCUCCCUUCACUGCCCUCAACCCCCAAGACAGACUGAAACGGCAGCCACUGCCCCACUCUCCCCAAAACUACCCCAUGCACGGCAGUGAGGUGAACGGGGCUCAUCCUGCUGGCUUCCACUCUGGCCCCCACUCUGGACCCAGCAGCUUUGGAGUCCCCAGCCACACACCCCCUAUGGCUGACACCAUCAUGGCCAAUCGAGGAGCAGUACCUGGAAGUUCAGGUGAUGAGAUUGGAAAAGCCCUGGCAUCUAUCUAUCCUUCAGACCCACACAGUAACACCUUCCCUCCGUCUCCGUCUACUCCCUCUGGCUCUCCCCAGGCUGUAUCAGGCUCUGCAUCACAAUGGACCCGGUCCUCUGGCCAGGCCACACCUUCACCCAACUAUGAGGGUCCAAUUCAAUCCAUGCCGAGUAAAAUGGAGGACCGUCUGGACGAGGCCAUCACUGUUCUUUCGCGUCACGCCAGCGGACAAGGAGUGCCAGGCCUGGCUGAGAUGCACAAUCUGCUCUCGUCUGGAUUAGGGUUACCUCCGGCCUUCACCAGUGCCGCACUUGGAUUGGCCAGUCGCCUGCCUGGACUGAUGUCCGGUCACCAUGAGGACUCUGCUGGUCUGCCCUCUAGUGGAGGACUUAUGCAUGGUCACCACGGCCCUUCAUCUGUCCAGCCAGGCUCUCAGCCUGAAGGUUUUACCGGCCUGUCCAGUAGCCUAAGUCGCUCCAGCGGUUCUGAUAUCAAACGAGAGGACAAGGAGGACGAUGAAAACUGCUCCAACACCGACAGAUCCGAUGACGAGAAAAAAGAAAGGUCCCACCUUGGAACGAGACUCUUCGCUAGUCUGGGUCUGGCUCUGGGUCUGGGUCUGGAUGAUGAUGAGGAAGACGACGAAGAUCUACCAGUGGAGAUUAAGGCUGAGCGGGAGAAAGUGAGGAGGAUGGCAAACAACACCCGUGAACGGCUACGUGUGCGGGACAUCAACGAGGCUUUUAAGGAGCUGGGCCGCAUGUGUCAGCUCCAUAUGAGCCACGAGAAACCGCAGACCAAAUUGAUCGUACUGCAACAGGCCGUUAACGUUAUACUCAACCUGGAGCAGCAAGUUCGAGAGCGUAAUUUGAACCCAAAGGCUGCCUGCCUCAAGAGGAGAGAGGAGGAGAAGGUUUCAGGCGUGGACCCCCAGAUGCAGCUCGGUGGGGGUCACCCUGGUCUGGGAGAUGGACAUAUGUAAUUCUCAGUUCCUGUUGAUUGUACAGCCCUUAGAACACGUGGCCUUAAUCUAUCAUUGUCAUGCAUCUCAGUGUGUGUUAAUCAACUUUUGGAAAGCACACACGCACACACACCUCAUUACUGACAAAGCAGGUGGCCACAUUCCUGACUAUGAAUACAAAAGUAACAAGCACACUCUUACAGAAAGAGGGAAAAUGUAUUAAUCUUAACACGACAACACUUUGAACCGAGGACUCCGGUUCGGAGACAGUGGAAAUUGGACAUAAGGACAUUCUUAUGAUCAUGUUUUUGUAAGACAUUUUGAAAACUUGCUUUACAUGUUGGGAGCAAAAACUUGUUUGGAUCAAAUGAAAUUUUUUGGAUCAACUGCUUGUGUGAGCAGAGUUAGGAUUUGUAUUGUUGGGUGAUUAUUGGCAUUCCCAUCUGAAAAGCAGGUCUUACAUUCUUCACAGGCUAAGAGGGACACCUGGGUUUAUAUCUUAUGAUUGAACGAAACCCGUUUAAACGUGCCCGAAAGAGGCCUAAUGCAUAGUGUUUGAUUAAGAUAAAAUAGCCAUCAUUAUUAUCUUCUUAUGUGAUGACUGAAUUACAGAGGUAGGUUUGGAAACAUCCAGCAACUAACUGGGCAAUCAGAGAGCUGACUCCUUUUCUUUUGGUAUGCUGGUUUUUCUGGAUCUAUUUUUUUUUUUUUUUUUUUACAUUUCUUGCUUUGGCUGAAAAGGUGCCACAGUCAGUGACUCACAAGUGGUGGGUUAUUUUUGGUUUAUUUUUAACUGUGGAGUCUUAUCUCUUUAAGUCCUGUACAUCUGUUAUGGUCACUGCCAUGCAAGUGGAACAGAGAGACUGCCGGAGAGAGAGCCUCCACUGACGCAAACACGAGCAAAGACUCGAUACAAAUCCAGGAACCACACUGAUGUUGAAUCAAAUGUGCACAUGCACGUCCCGACUGGUUGGACUCGAGCGUACAGAUGUCAUCCUCACUGCUCAGCUACUUCGCCGUCACUCUCAGCCAUGUGUUCAGCCAGUGUCACAUCAGCCUGCCCCUGUCAAAUCAUACCUAAAGACUCUGUUACAGCAUGGUGAACUUACUAAACUUAAGUCGCAGAGCAAUUUGUAUUGUCGUAAAUCGCAUUUUGCUAGAAGACAGAAAUAAUUGAGUAUUGAAAGGGAUCAUGAGUGUUCCUGCUACCCUGUAGAGAAUUUACUCGCCAUUGACGGACUUGUUUUGGUUGUUGCUGUGUGUUGAGCAUUUUGUGUUUUGUUUUCCCCCCCCUUUUUGAACAAUUGCAAAGCCUGUUGUAAGGAUCUUCCUUUUUGUAGAAUUGAUUUCUCAUUGUUUUUUUUAUUGUUUUAUUUUUUACUUUGUAAGAUAGUUGUAUGAGUUUUGUUUUUAUCAUUUGGAAUGCUCUUUCUUUUUUUGUUUACAUUGUUUAAAUGUAAGACGACUCAAUUUAGAUUCCAGGAACAAAGUGAGGUGUUUUCUUUUGUGCCAGGUGCUUAGAAAUGUUAGAAAUGACAAACUUAUCUGGCUGUAACAUCACAUGUUGUGAUAUUGCUCUCCUUUUUAAAAAAAAAAAAAAAAAAAUGCAUGUUUCAACACAGACCUGUCAGGCCAGUUGUAAUUGGAUUGUUCUGGUGUUUGCGACAGUUUUUCUUAAAUGAAACACAAUAUUUUUCUUCAGCACACCCCCCUCUCCUCUCCCUGAUGUCCAGCUCUCUGAGGAGCUUGUUGAUUAGUUUGAGGAAGGGGCAGUAGGGGCGGUCUGCACAAUCUGCAACAUAAUUCACUGUUUCAUUAUGAUAUGAAACAUAAAAUGAAGCAUAAAAUGAAUCAAAAAGGGUGGCCUUAGUCAUUUUCCUGACUUUGGGAGUUUUGAUAAUGGUUACUCACCAGUGCCUGAAUAUUUCUCUGCUACAUGGUGGAUGAUGUUGCAUUUGAGGAUUUAUAGGUUGUACCUUUUUAUAAUACAGAUGUAUAAAAACAUAUAUACUUCAGUAACAUCUGACAGUGUCUCGGAACAUCUAAAUGAAGAAUCACACUCAUUGACGCUGACUGCUUCAGUGUCCGUGUCAUUAAAUGUGACUAAUAACCUGGUCUUCAACUUUGACGCUGAGAACUACUUAAAAUGUUUCAUCUUUUAUGUACUGAUUUUGUUAAGUAUAAUUUUGUCCUUGACUGGCAUGUGCAUUGAUAUGUAUGUACAGCUGUAUGAUAUGUCAGCUUUAUCAUUGUAAGCUGAUACUGAUAUGUAACAGUAUUUGGUUUUCUACCUGUCAGUUUAUCACAAAUCUUGCCCCACGGACUAGCCCCAAACAUUAUUUUCUUUGUCAGUUACUCUAACCUUUCUGCAGAAAAAAAACGUGGUGUUGUUGUGAUAUGAAAAAUCUCUACUGAAGACUUGUACUUUUAUUUCUUUACAUGAAAGAUAUGUCUGCAGUAUCCAAGGAUCAAAACAUGCACCUGAUAUUCUUUGUUUAACAGACCCUUUCUGUCCUCCACAACAGAUGACCUGCUACAAAUCUCUCUGUCUUCACUCAUGUUUGGGGACAACAUCUAUGUAGGCUAUGUCCUCAAAGUGCCUCCAGUUUCCUAUUUUUUAUAUAUAAAGUAGAUAUAGAGAACUGUUGUGUAUAUAACAGUAAUGUAGCAAUAAAUGUGCCAUUUUUAAUAACAAACA